AUGUACCACCUUGCCACCGGAGGAUACCCUCCUGUACAUGUACCACCUUGCUUGCCACCAGAGGAUACCCUCCUGUACCACCUUGCCACCGGAGGAUACCCUCCUGUACAUGUACCACCUUGCCACCGGAGGAUACCCUCCUGUACAUGUACCACCUUGCCACCGGAGGAUACCCUCCUGUACAUGUACCACCUUGCCACCGGAGGAUACCCUCCUGUACAUGUACCACCUUGCCACCGGAGGAUACCCUCCUGUACAUGUACCACCUUAAGCUUGCCACCAGAGGAUACCCUCCUGUACCACCUUGCCACCCGAGAGUACCCUCCUGUACCACCCUGCCACCGGAGAGUACCCUCCUGUACCACCCUGCCACCGGAGAGUACCCUCCUGUACCACCCUGCCACCAGAUAG